AUGGGUGAGGAACACAAGAUGCGCAAGCGGGACGGGAAAGGACAUCAGAGUGCUGUGGUUGGUUAAGGGUGUUUGAAUUUACGACUUAUGAUAAAUACCACAAUUCCCCGCCCCUUACUAACCCCCUCCGCACCCCCUUCCAUCUGUAUUAUGUCGGUGAACUCCACCGCAUGCACCGUUUAAUAUGCAUAACGCCGAAAGUGUAUAGGUUACCUGGACGUACUCCUACGCCGCCACACCAACCUGCAGCCGAUCCGCGAACUGGCGAACGGGUUGAUGACCGGGUGUAAGUUUGCGGUUUCGGUAUAUUUCUAAGUUGUUAGCGGUCGACCUGCAGAGCAUACACCGUUUACGACGCAUAACACAAAAAAUGUUUAGGAUACCUGGACGUUCUCCUACGCCGCCACACCAACCUGCAGCCGAUGGGCAAACUCCCCAAACGGCUGACAGCCGGGUGUAAGUUCGCAGUUUAGCUAGAUUUUCAUGUUGUAACUCGACGACCUCCAGCGCAUGCACCGUUUAAGACACAUAACGCGAAAAAUGUUUAGGAUACCGGGACGUUCUCCAACACCGCCGCACCAACCUACAGCAGGUCAACAAACUCCCGUAGCGGGUGGCUGCCGGGUGUAAGUUCGCUGUAUAGGUAGAUUUGUAAGUUGUUAUACCGGCGACCGCUGGCACAUGCACCGUUUAUUAAGCAUAACGCCGAAAAAUGUUUAGGGUACCUGGACAUUCUCCUACGCCGCCACACCAACCUACGGCCGAUCGGCGAACUCCCGAAAUGGUUGGCCGCCGUGUGUAAGUUUGCUGAUUCGCUAGAUUUUGAAGUUGUUAACCUACGGCCUCCAGCGUAUACACCGUUUAAAACACAUAACGUGCAAAAUGUUUAGGAUACCUGGACGUUCUCCAACACCGCCGCACCAACCUACCGCAGGUCGGCAAACUCCGGAAGCGGUCGGCUGCCGUGUGUAAGUACACUGGUUUGCUGGAUUUGUACGUGGUCAUGGUGGGAGCAGUUUGCAUACCUAAGUAACCCUUUUUAACUUUACAUUUAGGUUAUUGGGUAGUGCGGGCGGGAGCCUCCGGAGAACUGCGCCCUGUCAGAUGCCCCAAUCACCGUCCGUUGGCAGUGAGUAAGUGCACCACCGCUCGAAAAUCAUGCUGUUACCUGUCUGCAUCAAAUCCCUUUUGUAGGAAUAUGUUAAUGCGAUUAUCAGUUGGAAAGUGCAGAACCGAUCAAAAAUCUUACUGCCCCUGGACUGCGUCAAACCCAACCUAUGGAGAACUUUAAAUACAUGCGCCUGUCGAGGACUCCAUUUAAAAAAAGGAAAGGGAUUUAGAUUCGUCUGACGUAGGAACCAACGGAAGCGGAGCUCAGAGCAGGCCGUUAGAGGAGGGGGCCCUGUGUACCCAUUGUUGGUACGCUAGGAAAGAGGAGGCUUGAUGGGGAGAGGCGUAAUCUGCAGUUAGGUAAGUCCCUGCAGGGUAGCUGGUCGGUAGACAGCGGAGGAGGAGGACAAUGUAACGGAAAGGCCACUGAUUGGUAUACAUAAAUCCUAUGUAGGUUAAGUGCACCAUGUUUCCCAACCAAGAAUACAUUGCCUGACGGAUGCAAACAGUAUGCGCAAAUGCAGGGAAAGGCAGGUUAUGGCAUGAUGGUCUACUAUCCGUAAGCUACUCCUAAUUCACCCGAAACCUCAUUGGUAGGUAAGCCAUGAAUUACUCUGGGGCAAACGUAAAGGAAAAGGGGGCGGAGGGAUAUGCAUAAGUUGACAACAGCAGUAGUAUAAACUCCUACUGUUUUAUGCCUAGAUCGUCACCGACCUCGGGCGGACGUAGGCGCGGUCCUCAGCCGGUUAUGCAGACAGCCGAAGAUGAAAUUCAAGCAGUCCUUCAGUCAGCUGGUGUCGUUCAGUACCUGCAGCGGUGGAGGUUGCUGGCCAUUACAUUGACAUGCCGAUGUCGGCGUACUGUACAGAUGCAAGUGCUACGGCAGCAUACCGAUGGGUAUGCCUUCUGCUGUGGACACUGCUGACGAAAGCGGUGUCUGCGCACGGGGUCAAUGUUCGUCGGUAGCAAACUCAGUCUGCAGACACUUCUACGUAUCUGCUAAAAUUCGUCGAAGGUGUGCGGGCCAAGCAGUGUGCUGUAAGUGUAGGCGUCAGUAGAAAUACUGCCAUGGAAUGGUACAGCAUUUGCCGCGGGGCCUGCUCACACGCACUUCUAACCGCUGUAACCGAAAUUGGGGGACCUGGCGUGGAAGUAGAGAUAGACGAGACCCUAAUAAGUCGCCGCAAAUACCGCAGGGGACGACCGCGGCGUCAGUUAUGGGUCGUCGGCAUGUAUGAUACAAGCAGGCGGAAAGCCCUGUUUGAGCAGGUGAACAACCGCAGUUGGAAAGCCCUACGACCCGUCAUAGUGAAGUGGGUGGCUGCGGGUAGUGUUAUCGUAACCGAUGAGUGGAAGGGUUAUGCCCGCCUACCGUCGGAAGGUUACGCACACUACACUGUCAAUCACAGUAGGGGGUUCGUGAACCCCACAACUGGACGGCAUACGAACGCCGUGGAGGCCUACUGGAGCAGAUUAAGGAGGAAGCUACGGGAGUCUGGUCCUGUCUGUGGCAGAGCAGUGUAGGCCCAUCACGACGAGGUUCAGUACCGCCUCUGGUUCGACCUAAGGACCGAUAACAUGGCAGCUUCCUGGGAAACUUUCCUGCGACAUUGGGCAGUAGCCUAUCCAUUAAAGGAGAGCCAACCAACGGCGAUUAGAUAAGCUAACCAACGAAGGCACAGACGGAAAACGUGAAGGUAAGUUUCUGUGCUUCCUCCAUUUACUUUCCAGGCCUACCCACAGUGAAUGUGACCAUUACCUGCAUGCCAUGGAGAUAA